GCAGAAAUUUAGCUUCGAGCCCUCUUGGAGCAGCAACUUAUGCUGAGCAAAGUGUCUACCCCUUGGAGCCAAGGGAAAGCUAUAUAAGCCGUGUCCGCAUCGCACGUCUGUCCUCUUUCUAGAUUUCCUCACACAACUGUCCUCAACAUUCAAGCAUACACCAUGACCAAGCCCAUCACCGUCUGGAUGACCCCUCCCGGUCCUAACCCCUGGAAGGUCGUCCUCAUCCUCGAAGAACUUCAAGUCCCCUACGAGAUCCAAUCCUUCAAGUUCGACGAUGUGAAAAACCCACCUUUCAUCAACCUCAACCCCAACGGCCGCGCCCCAGCAAUCGUCGACCCCAACACAAACCUGACUCUCUGGGAAUCGGGCGCCAUCAUCCAGUACCUGAUCGACGUCUACGACACCGACCACAAGCUCAGCUUCCCCAGCCUCGCGGAGCGCCACCUCUGCAACCAAUACCUCCAUUUCCAGAUGAGCGGACAGGGCCCGUACUUCGGCCAGGCGGCGUGGUUCACCGUCCUCCACCCCGAAAAACUCCCCAGCGUGAUCGACCGCUACGUCUCCGAAGUCCGCCGCAUCCUGGGGGUGCUGGACACGGUCCUCGCGGACAAGACCUGGCUCGUGGGGGACAAGCUGACGUUCGCGGACCUGGCGUUCGUGCCGUGGAACGGGCGGCUGAAUUACCUGCUCCCGGAGGCCGAGCAGGAUCUGGCGGCCUGGCCCCAUGUGCAGGCGUGGCAGCAGCGGAUGGAGGCGCGGCCGGCCUGGCGGACGUGCGUCGAGCGGCGGGAUCGGCUGAUGGAUGAGCAGGGGUUGCAGCCGAAUGGGAUGCCCAAGGGGGUGAGCAAUAUUCGGGAGUAUGAGGAGUUGAUUGCGCGGAAUGCGGAGGGGCGAAAGGAAUAGAGGGUGGGUUGGGUUUGGUGCGAUUAGGUUGAAGUGGAUACUAUAUCUGGCUUUGAAUUGUGAAUCUUAUUUUCUGAGAUUGUAUAUGCUUUAUGUAUGUCUUCCAUUCAGUGAUAAAUCGUUCCUCGCUCAAGACAAG